ACUGGUUUACCAAUUAUCGUUCACUCGAGGAAGACGAAAGUUAAAAAAGAAUAUGUUGGCUUGAAAGUAGCAAGGAAAUCAUUAAUCAAAAAUCAAAAUCAAUAUACUUUUAAUAUGAAUUUAAUGUGUAGAAUCCUUAUUAUACCGUUGUUAUUUAUGGUUUUAAGUAAGUGUAAUUACACGGUAAAAAAUUGAUAUAUUAAGGAAAUUAAUCACUUAGAAGGAAAAUGAUUACGUUAUAUGUAUAUGUAUUUGUAAAUUCUUUUACAGCUUGCGCAACUUCUAGGAAAAUUUACGAUUAUUUACAUCAUAGUGAAAUUCAUACACAUCCUUCCAAAAGAUCUUUGGAUCGUAAUUCAAAAAUCAUUAGUUUUACAGCAUUCCGCCGGUAAAUAUCUACUUGAAAUUUGAAAAAUAGAAUAAUGGCAGAGAAUCCAUUGUGUCAAUACUAAAAUGGCUUUCUAUUCUCGUAGAUAUUUUCAGCUGCAUUUAAGACGCAAACAGCUUCCUCUUGAUAGAAAAUUUAAAGUAAUCGAAGUAGACGCCCAAAAUAACCAUAGGACUGCAGAUGUUUUCAGGGAUACAGUAAUGUACGAGGGUUAUGUAAUAGGUGAGCCCUAUACAUCUCACGUUUCCGCUUAUUGGGAAAGCGAUAAGGAACUAAUGGCUUCCAUAAGAUCCAAGCAAGACACUUUUGUAAUAGAGCCUUCUUGGAGACACGAAGCAUCCCCUAAUAGUACAAUGUUGACUUACCGAGCGUCCGAUAUUGACAAGUUACCAAAAGAAAAACAUUUCUGCGCAUUUGUGAACCCUUAUAAGGAGGAUGGAAACGGAUUGAACGAUAAGACGGGAUACCAUAAAACGAAACAAAACACAAAGAGAAUAAAAAGAGAUGAAAAAUCGAAUGCAAAUAUUAUUAAGAAGAAAAGAUGCUCUAUUUAUCUUGUAGCUGAUUACAAAUUUACGAAAGAAAUGGGAAAUAAUGAUGUUAAAAUUACAACUUGGUAUUUGAUUGGAUUACUAGAACGGGUUGAUAACAUUUACAGAAAUACAGAUUUUGGAGAUGGUUAUAAUGGUAUGGGAUUCUCUAUUAAAGAAAUUGUCGUUCACACUGCUCCUACAAAUGAAUUUUCCCAUUAUAAUUCUAUCCCUAGAACAAAAUGGCAAACUAAAGAUUUACUAAAGUCGUUUAGCAGGCAAGACAAACUUCGAAAUUUUUGCCUUGGUCAUCUUUUUACUUAUACUUCUUUUGAUACUGGAGUUCUUGGCCUCGCCUACAUUGCCUCUCCCAGACGCUAUUCAGCUGGGGGUAUUUGUACGACAGCUUACGGUAGUGCAUGGUUAAAUACCGGCUGGAGUAGUUCUGUAAAUAGAUACGGCAAAAAGCUUUUGGCCCAGGAGGCUGACAUCGUCACAGCUCACGAAUUUGGUCAUAAUUGGGGUAGCGAACACGAUCCAGAUAAUACAGAAUGUUCUCCAAAAAACUAUGGAAAAUAUAUUAUGCAUACAUACGCUGUGUCAGGAUACGAAAAGAAUAAUCAAAUUUUUUCACCUUGUUCUAAAAGAUCAAUAAAGAAUGUCCUCAUUCAAAAACAUUCUAGAUGUUUUACCGAGCCUUCUCAAGCUUAUUGCGGAAAUAGUUUAGUUGAAGAAGGCGAAGAAUGCGAUCCUGGACUUCUCACUACGGACAACUGCUGCUCAGCGACUUGUAAGCUGAAAGAAGGCGCAAAAUGUAGCCCUCUUAAUCAUGGAUGCUGUACAGAAGAUUGUAAAAUUAAGGCCGAAGGAAAAAUUUGCAUAGAAGAACAGCCAACCCGUUGCCAAGGUAAUUCAAAGUGUGAUGGAAUAGCACCUACAUGUCCUAAACCAGGACCGGCUAAUAACAAUAUGGCAUGUGGUGCUGAACAGGAAAUGUCUAAAUGUCGUAAUGGAGAGUGUAUUGCUUUUUGCGAAACUGUAAAUAAAGUCUCUUGCCAAUGCGAGGAGGCAGAAAACGUAUGCAACUGGUGUUGUAAAGACUCUAAAAGUGCCCCUUGUAAACCCUACUAUUUUGCUGGAAAUAAGACAAGACAUUUAAGGGACGGAAGACCUUGCUUAACUGGUUUAUGUUGGCAAGGAGUCUGCAAAAAACCUGAAUCAGAUUUUGAACGUUUCUGGAAUAUUAUAGAUAAUUUGCAUCCAAGUAGAAUUGGUUUGUAG